AUGGUGCUUGGUAAAACUUUCAUGAAGGCCGCUGCCUUGGUGGCAGGACUGGCCAUCACUUCGGAUGCUCUGGCUCUUAGAAAGCCCAAUCUCAAUGAACUCAUCAAGCCAUACAAGAGAGAUGUUGGUCUCCUUCAGGAUCUUGUUACCUGGGACGAGCACUCUCUCUUCGUUCGUGGUGAGAGGGUCAUGAUCUACUCUGGAGAGUUCCACCCUUUCAGAUUGCCCGUGCCUAGCUUGUGGCUCGAUGUUUUCCAGAAGAUCAAGGCUUUGGGUUACAACGCCGUUUCAUUUUAUGUCGAUUGGGCUCUUGUCGAAGGAAAGCAAGGUGAUUUCACUGCCGAGGGCAUCUUUGCCUGGGAACCUUUCUUCGAAGCUGCCCAAGAGGCAGGCAUAUACCUCAUUGCUAGACCGGGACCCUACAUCAAUGCUGAAGUUUCUGGCGGUGGUUUCCCUGGAUGGCUUGCCAGAAACCCAGGCAUUCCUCGCACAAGGGACCCCCGUUUCCUCGAAGCAACCGACAACUAUUCUCGUGCCAUUGGCGAGAUUAUUGCAAAGGCUCAGAUCACCAACGGAGGUCCGAUUAUCCUCUAUCAGCCUGAGAACGAGUACAGCCAAGCUGUCAGCAGCGAUCCCGAGUUCCCUGAUCAAGUAUACAUGGCGGCGGUCGAAAAGAAGUUCAGAGAUGCCGGCAUCAUUGUACCAUCCAUCCUCAACGAUGCCUACCCUCACGGUUACUUCGCUCCAGGCACUGGACCUGGAGCAGUCGAUAUCUAUGGGCAUGAUUCUUACCCUCUUGGUUUUGAUUGCGCCAAUCCAACGACUUGGCCAAACAAUAGCCUGCCUACGUAUUUCGGCGAUCUACAUGCGGAACAGAGCCCUUCAACUCCUUACUCAAUCCUCGAGUUUCAGGGAGGCUCCUUUGACCCUUGGGGAGGUUCAACCUUCGAGAAAUGUGGAGUCCUGCUCAACUCCGAGUUUCAAAGAGUCUUUUACAAGAAUGACUUCUCCUACGGAUUGACUAUCUUCAACAUCUACAUGACUUACGGUGGUACAAACUGGGGCAAUUUGGGUCAUCCAGGUGGCUAUACCUCGUACGACUAUGCAGCCGUCAUUGCCGAAGAUAGAUCAGUCUCUCGUGAAAAGUAUAGUGAAGCCAAGCUGGAGGCCAACUUCCUGCAAGCUUCACCAGCAUAUUUGACAGCAAUUCCUCAAAACAACACUCAUGCCAACGGAAGCUACACUGACAACCCCGACAUCGCUGUCACUGCUUUGUUUGGAAACAGGACCAACUUCUUUGUCGUCAGGCAUGCGGUGUUCAAUUCGUACGAAUCGACUCAAUUCAAGUUGACCUUACCUACUAGCCAAGGAAACAUCACGAUUCCCCAGUUGAACGGCUCGCUCGUCCUGAACGGGCGUGAUUCCAAGUUCGCAGUCACCGAUUAUGACGCUGCAGGCACCAACUUGCUCUACUCGUCUGCCGAGAUCUUCACCCAGAAGUCUUAUGGUGAUAAGCAAAUUUUGCUCGUCUACGCUGGUUUCAAUGAGAACCAUGAGUUGGCACUUACACUGUCUUGCAGCAGUGAGGUAUUGGAGGGAUCUGGUCUCAACAUUGUCAAGAAGAAGGGCACAACUAUCAUCGGCUUCAAGAGUAGCUCUGAGAGAAGGGUCGUCAAGAUCGGCGAGCUUUUCGUAUACAUUCUGGAUCGCAACGAUGCUUACAACUACUGGGUUCUGGACCUGCCUUCGAGUCCUACUUCUGCUGCCGUAGUCAAGGCUGGCUAUCUCCUACGCACUGUCGAGGUCAGCGGUAACUCUCUGCAUCUCACUGGUGACAUCAAUGCUACGACAGAGAUUGAGGUCAUUGGUGGUGCGCCCGCGAAGCUUACCGAGCUUACAUUCAAUGGCGAGAGCAUCAAGUUUGCUCAGGACAGCUGCUCCGGUGUGGUCACAGGCUCUGUUGCCUAUAAUGAACCGUCAUUCUCUCUGCCUGAUCUCUCUACUGUAGGAUGGAAGGUCAUCGACUCUCUACCUGAGAUCGCAUCUUCAUACGACGACAGCCUCUGGACCAAUGCCGAUCUUACAUACAGCAACAACACUCAACGUAACCUGACCACCUCUGUCUCAUUGUACGGACAAGACUAUGGCUACAACGGUGGUAGCCUUCUCUUCCGUGGUCAUUUCACUGCCACUGGCAGUGAGGACUCUAUCUAUCUGCAGACUCAGGGUGGCUCGGCCUUUGGCAUGUCUGCUUGGCUGAACGGCACUUUCCUCGGCUCCGCUCGUGGUAUCGACGCUGCUUCAAAUGCUAACUCAACCUUCAGCUUGCCCAACGUCGCUUCGGGCAGCUCUUAUGUUCUGACUGUCCUCAUUGACCACAUGGGACUCCAAGAGAACGGCCAAGGAGGCUCCAGUGAGAUGAAGACACCUCGCGGCAUCCUCAAUUACUCUCUCGCCGGACGCAAUGCUUCUGCAUUGACAUGGAAGCUUACCGGCAAUCUCCACGGCGAGGACUACGAAGAUCGCACCAGAGGGCCUCUCAACGAGGGAGGUCUCUAUGCCGAGCGUCAAGGCUACCAUCUUCCCGGAGCCCCUACAUCCGGCUGGACUAACAGCACCCUCGGGCCUAUGGCGGGCGUCACCUCCCCUGGUGUCUCCUUCUACGCCACAACCUUCGAUCUUGACAUGCCAGCCGGCUAUGACAUCCCUAUCUCUAUCUCGUUCUCCAAUGCCACAUCAAGCAGCAAUGGCUCAGCUACUGUUGCAUACCGCAGUCAGAUCUUUGUCAAUGGUUACCAAUUCGGCAAGUACGUUUCGAACAUUGGCCCACAGGACGUGUUCCCUGUUCCCGAAGGUAUCUUCAACUACCACGGGCCCAACUACUUUGCUGUCUCUCUGUGGGCUCUGGACGAAGGCGGUGCGAAGAUCUCAAACCUGAGUCUGGUCGCUGGCCCCGUUAUCCAGAGUGGAUACGGACCUGUCUCCUUGAGUCCCAUGACUGGAUGGUCGAAGAGAGAGGGUGCGUACUAA